AUGGGUCGGUCCGCUAUGAGUGAAGAUGAUGAUUCCGAUGGGUCUUCAGACAAUAUAGUAUCCUCGCCAAUAACUCGAGUACCAUCAGCUCCUUUUCAACGAACUUUUCGUUCUCAUUCUUUGAAUGCUGAUGACGCAAUGUUGCAGAUUUUAUUUUUAGCACCUUAUUCGCCUCUCUUGAAAAGUUAUGUACGAACCCUUUUGAAAACGGACUGUGAGAAUAGAAACAUUGACGUUUUAAUGAACUAUUUUACUGCUCGGAAAUUAUUACCACAGCUGUUACAAACGCUUGCGAAAUUUGAAGUUGAACAAACGAAUAUGUGUAACCCUCUUUUUAGAGGGAACACCAUCUUUUCAAAGACAUAUAUCUUUUACUUAAACAAACAUUGUUCGGACUUUGUCAAAGAAACGUCUUCAGCACUUUUGGACUUCUUGUCUGCGAUCCAAUUUGACGAUAAAAGCAGUGCGAGUACGACGAUGUACUCAUCGAUAGUCUCGACGUAUUUAUCUCUCUUGAAUGAGUCGAAGAGGAUCAUCCCGAAGAAUCUCUUGUGGGUCAUCCACGGCAUAUAUAAAGUAGUUCUGAUCAAAAGAAAUAGCACAGAAGCUCUCAUUGGAGUUAACACACUCUUCUUCAUGAGAUACUUGUUAAUCCCUUUUAUGAAGAUGCCAAACUUAUUUAAGUACAUCCAAUCCCUCAUCACACCAAUCGUCUGCGGGAAACAAGUCAUCCAAAAGAAUGAGGAAUUCUAUGUCAUUCAAGAACUCAUCGAUAUCAUCACUAAAGAAGUGUUGGCACCAAACACGCCUAGGUCUUACUAUAUGACUAAAGACCAAGAAAGAACAAGCAACGAAAUGCUUGUCCUUUUAAGAACUAAUAGAGAAGCUUUAAUUGAUAACUAUGACGGAGAUGAGAUGGAACUCAGUAAUCUACUUGCUGAUCCAGUUUUACUUAAGGAGUCCGUCCUUCUCAAAUGGGCAAAGUGA